GUUUGCACUUCACCUCGUCCGCAGAAAGUUCAGCCAUGUCGGGGAAGGCCUUUGUUCAAGACGCGCUCGCCAAGAACGGCGUCACGGUCUUCAGCAAGACGUACUGCCCCUACUGUACCAAGGCCAAGAACGUCCUCACGUCGGUCGGUGUCCCGUACGUCGUGUACGACCUCGACAACCUCGACAACGGCGACGAGAUCAUGGACGCGCUCAUCGAGCUCACGGGUCGCGACACGGUCCCCAACGUCUUUGUGAAGGCGACGACGAUUGGCGGCGGCGACGACGUGACGCAGUUGCACCGCGAAGGCAAGCUCGUGCCUCUCUUGCAGAAGGAAGGGCUUCUGCAGUAAGCGUCUCUGCAUCCAUUGAGUAAUCGUGCUUCGACUAACAGGCCCGCGUGCGUGGUCUGCGAGAGCCAACGACAUGAUAACAUCGACCACUCAAUCAGUGUUCUAUCUUGA